GCCAAGCAACUGUGUAGCGAGAGUUGUGCAAGUCUUCCGGUUCGUAGCGUACUUGUAACAUCGGGGAGAAGGACAGCAACUAAACAGUAGCUCCACAUAAUAGCAAAUUUAUGCUCUUUUUCAAGAAACUUUCACACGUUUUUAAAUCACAGUCUUAUCGUUAAAAUCUCAGUGAAUACAAGUAAUGGAAAACGGCCUGUCGAGCACCGGUGACAUCAGUCUGGACCAAGCCAUCCAACAAUGGUUGCAGUUUGACAAGAAUCCAAAGACGGCGGCAGCGGUCCGUGAGAUGGUGAAGGAUGGGAAGGUGGAGGAGUUGCGGAAGUGUUUCAGGGCGCGGAUGGAGUUUGGUACCGCUGGCCUCAGAGCCUCCAUGGGCCCUGGCAUCUCCUGCAUGAAUGACCUCACCAUCAUACAGACCACACAGGGUUUCUGUGUAUAUCUGGAGCAGUGCUUCCCUGAUCUGAAGCAGAGGGGCAUGGUCAUAGGGUUUGAUGCCCGGGCCCACGUGCCCAGCGGGGGCAGCAGUAAAAGGUUCGCCACCCUCGCUGCGGCGGUGUUCAUAAGCCGCGGGGUGCCCGUCCAUCUCUUCAGCGACAUCACGCCCACUCCGUACGUGCCUUUCACUGUGUCUCGUCUGGGUCUGUGUGCCGGAAUCAUGGUAACCGCCUCCCACAACCCCAAACAGGACAAUGGCUACAAGGUGUACUGGGAGAACGGGGCUCAGAUCAUUCCUCCUCAUGAUAAAGGCAUUGCAGGUGCGAUAGAGGAGAAUCUGGAGCCGUGGCAUGAGUCAUGGCACACAGAAGACGCCCUACAGAGCCCCCUACUGAAAGACCCCUACAAUGACAUGCACUCAAAGUACAUGCAGACCAUACAGAAACACUGCUUUCACAGGGAGCUGAAUAAGAGGUCAGAGGUAAAGGUCGUCCAUACCUCGGUUCACGGCGUGGGUCAUAAGUUCGUUCAGGCGGCCUUUGAGGCCUUUGACCUGCGUCGGCCGUACGCUGUGGAGGAACAGAAAGAUCCAGACCCUGAGUUCCCAACCGUCAAAUACCCCAACCCAGAGGAGGGCGAGGGUGUUCUGACCCUGUCCUUUGCGCUUGCAGACAGAGAGGGGGCGACUGUGGUCCUGGCCAAUGAUCCUGACGCUGAUCGUCUGGCCAUCGCUGAGAAACAGCAGAACGGUCAGUGGAAGGUCUUUUCGGGAAAUGAACUGGGCGCCUUGCUGGGCUGGUGGGUGUUUCAGUGCUGGAAGCAGCAGAACGCAGGCAAGACACCAGUGAAAGAUGUCUACAUGCUGGCCAGCACCGUGUCUUCCAAAAUCCUCAGAGCCAUAGCACUCAAAGAAGGCUUCCAUUUUGAGGAAACUCUGACUGGCUUUAAAUGGAUGGGGAACAGAGCAAAGGACUUACUGGAUCAGGAGAAAACUGUGCUGUUUGCUUUCGAGGAGGCUAUUGGUUAUAUGUGCAGUCCAGCGGUGCUGGAUAAAGAUGGGGUGAGUGCGGCAGCCAUCGCUGGAGAGUUUGUCUCCUACUUGGCCACGAAAAACACCUCGCUCUCCGCCCAGCUCAAAGCCAUCUACGAGGAAUACGGUUAUCACAUCACCAAGAACUCCUACUUCAUCUGUCAUGAGCAGGAGACCAUCCGACAGCUCUUUGAGCGUCUGCGGAAUUACAACGGCGAGGAAACGUAUCCCAAGGACUGUGGGGGAUUUGCCAUAUCCGGAAUCAGAGACCUGACCACCGGAUAUGACAACAACCAGCCGGACAACAAAGCAGUUUUGCCCACUAGUAAGAGCAGUCAGAUGAUCACUUUCACUUUUGCUAACGGGGGCGUGGCCACGAUGCGCACCAGUGGCACUGAACCCAAGAUCAAAUACUACACCGAACUGUGUGCCGCACCCGGCAACAGCGAUCUGAACCAGCUGCAGGCUGAACUGGAUAAACUGGUGGAUGCGAUAGUGGAGCACUUCUUCCAACCCAAGAAGAACAAUCUGAAGCCACGCCCAGAGUGAGAAGACCGCAUAAUCCAGCCUUCAUGUAUUACGCCAGUUCCAAAGUCUUAACCUGUUCCACAUGACAACUUAAUAAGUUUCCUAAGAAACAAUCUAAGGCCACACUUAACAUUAUCACUGUACUCGCUUCUCAUUACUGCCGUAACUGCAGCACUGCAGAGACAAUGUCAUUUUAUAACACUCGCUCUUUUCAGGUUAUUAUUUUUAUUUUUAACAUGAUAACUUUUUUUAUUUAUCAUGUUAAAAAAUAGAUGUGGGAAAGCCUGUUUGCUAGACGUUUAUCUCUUAAAAUGAUAUUCCACUGUUGCUUCCAAACACUGUUUUGUUUUUUGGGUUUUUUUUUUUUUUUCGAAAUGUUCUGCACACAGGAUGAGGAUGCUGGAAGAUGAAUUUUUGCUUCUUUUUUUUUAAAUAUUUGACCAAGUUAACUGUGAAUUUGAAGUUAUUUAUGAUCUGAAGUAUUGAUUGAUUGAUGAACAUACAAAUGUACAAUCACUGAUUGAUAUUGUUCAAUUUCAAAUUGAUUUGAUUUGAUCGAUUUCAAAUGGUUCCACGAUGCUGGAUUUGUCAGUGACUGUCCAGUUACUGUUUUUUUUUUGUUUGUUUUUUUUUUUUAAACUUGGGAGGCCAGCAAAACAUCUGUAAACAAUUUGUAUAAGGGAACACUGACUCAGUAACCUUAAA